UUCAAAACCAGAGCAUUAACACACUUUAAAAAGAUUUAGUGCUGUUUGUUUAAAGGGGCUCUGAGGAAAAAUUGUCGAAAGGCGGUUGGGGAAAGAAAAUUGAGACCACAACGUCCCUCCACAGAAGAGGGACAAAAGAGAGGAAAGCUUUGCUGCCAUCAAAGUGAGCAAGAAGAAGAAGACAAAGUCAACGUUGGAGUUCCUCGAUUCUCUUGCACUGCUGAUUCUGCUUCUCCACCGCAGCGGCAUCCAGAUAGAAGUUACUUUCAUCUUGUAGGAGGCCACACGCUGAACCUCCUCUUUUGUUCUGUUCGUUCGUUUCAUUCGGAAGAAGUAGAGACGGGAUUAUUUCCGGCCAGAUAUUGGUAGCAGUGAUUUGAUUAUCUUCCACAGCAACAGCAAUCCAAAAAAUGAUACUAUCUCAAGUGAGAAUAGAGCUCCUGGUGAAGCUGCUUUUGUUAUGUCUCUGGGGUCAGGUAGCAUACGGGAAGCAACGUAGUAGGAUAUUGGUCAACGGGGACUCUCAGUUUGAGUAUGUUGCCACCACCGAUGUUUCAUUUCUCCUCAACCUGGCGCUGGACGCUGCCGAGAUGCGAAAGGCAGACAAGGAUUUAGAUCUGAAGAGCGAUAUUUACUACAAAGGCAAGAACGCCUUUUAUGAAGAUAGUAGUGGGCAACGCACAGUCAUCUCGUUGGCCGGCCUCAGUUUGGCAGCCAGCGGUGUCAUGAGUGGGGAUCCUCUCUACAACAUCUACCGCAAUGCUUUUUAUGACCUGGGUGUAGACAAUGAAAACGACUCAGCAGGCAACUUUGAUGGACACCCCGUAGAAGAAUACGCCAAUACGUUGGUAGUGGAUCUAUUCGAGUUGAACAGUACCCGAACUGAAACAGAAGGUGCCAUCGUUCUCAAUGUUUGGAUGGCAGUAGCUCAUGAGCUGCAUUCCGUGCUGAGAGGCUGUCGGUCCAACAAUCAGGACGAAAUGAACGGAGCUUUGGAUCGGGCUACGGCGCUUUGGAUUGGAGCAGAUCAGAUUCGUGGUGACAACUUGGAGGGUCACCUGCUCUACAAUCUAGCAGAGUUGGCCGGUGAGCUUUUUGGGCAAGACGAAGGAGAGUCACGGGUCAACACUGGUAUCAUGCAAGAAAUUAAUUCCAUCCAAUUCAACAUUGCCUCAGGAACUUGUGCUCAGCAGGGUGGCUACGUCGAAAUGAGAGACAAGAUCCGUAAAGUCCUGUCUUUCAUGACGGUGCCUCUGGUCCAAACCUUGAUUCAUCACAUUGUCCAAAUCCAAAACGAAGGAGCCUCCGACAUGGUUGAACUGUACGCACUAGCCUUGCUUCCACGAGUUGCGGCCUGUGAGCCGACAAAGUACAAGAGAAUGUUGGAAUGGAUGGUAUUCAACAGUCUUACCAUUGAGAACCAGCUGAAUGCCAUUGAAACCGUGCAAGACAUCUUCAGUUGCUUGGACGUAACCUGUGCUGACAUUGGAUCCUACCUCAAUGGAAAAAUCCCGCAGUGCAGCGAUGUCAUCGAUGCCACCUCCGGUCCUCCCGGUCUGGCCUCCUACGCUCCCGUCUCAGAUGUUCGGGCAAAGUCAUACAUUGACCGUGACAUGAUGCAGCUCCGACUCUUCAUGGAAUGGGAAGCUUACGAAACAGCCAAAGACUACUACCUUCAUGGAUACAACAGUCUCUAUAGUCUGGCUGACCUUGCAACGAACAAGGCCGGAUGGCUCGAAAGCAGAGAGUAUUUGUUGUACAAUUCCUACUUUCAAGCUGAGGGCGAUCCUUCGGCUCAUGACAUUGUCUUGGACGUGCUUGAUGGAAUUGCCCCCUUCGAUGACAACGCCAGUGACGACCAAAAGGUCGAAGUUGUCAUGUCAGUGUUGAAGAGUGUCGUAAUGUACCUCGCCACUGUUGGAGAACUAGAAUCGGCUGUCCUCGAGUGCGAGAACCACGCCGCCAGCCCCUCUUCAGGGACACAAGAAGCCAUCGACCAAUUCUGGGAUGGUGGGGCGGCUUACUUCAUUGGGUCCGUUGAAGGCUCUUCGGCGGGCGGAGAUUCAGGAGGAGAGCUUUUGUAUGGGGCCUCCAAGACGCUUUGUGGAAGCUUUGGAACCUGCGAACCAAACGACUCUGCAGCGAACGAAGUGAUAACCAAUGCCUUGAAUUUUGGGAAAACGGCGUUGCAGAACAACAACUGCGACGAAGCGAAAGCUGUGUUGCACGACACCAUCGAACCGGCUCUUUUUGUUCCUCUUGCUCAGGGUACUUUGUACUACGCCUCCAAAUCCGCUAACUUGGUUACUGGAAUUGAUAGCACUGAUUUCGGAGCCAUGUAUGGUUACGCACGCGGUGUUCUUCCACGGAUGAACGAAGUAUAUGCUUCCAGCGCGACCAGUUUGAGGACCAACACUGUCUUCCAGCUCACCUCCAAACCGUUACCGCAAGGCUUCGAUGCAGUGGUCGACGCGUUUCGUGACUCCCUUCCUCACAUGUCCACCGAUUGCAAGUCGAUUGGCAAUUUGAACGGUUAUGGUUCUCUGUGUUUGGACGAGAGUGGCUCGAGUGCAACAAGUACAGGUGGCACGCAGUCAAAUCCCGAUUCAGAUUCAGCACCAGUUCCCGCACCAGCACCACAACCAGUCCCCAAUGCGGACAAUACUGGAAGCGUUUCCGACCUUGCCUUUGGACGAUACACCUUCAAGUCUCCCGACGCGCCGAUGCUGGAUUCCCUUGUUGCGUUGGACGUAAAGGAUAUUCGACAGGCUGGUGAUAUCACACAAGCUGAGAACACAUACGUCAAUGGCAAAAACGUUCAGCAGGGGCUUUAUGGUCAAGUGAACCUGAUGAGUCUGUCCGACGUGAGCUCUCAGGCGCAUCUUUACAUGAAAGAAGAUCCCAUUUUCAAUUACUUCCGAUACGCGUUGUACGAUGAGUCGACCUUCGAGUCGACGACUGGCAAUGCUAGUUGGCCUUUUGCUGACAUGGUUGUGCGAUUAGCUUUGAGCCCUGACCAUGGAAAUGACGCAGAACUGGCGGCCGAGGCUGCCGUCAUUAUGAAUGCGUUCUUCCUCAUCCAGCACAGACUCUACCGCGCAGCAAGAGAAUGCAAACAAGGCUUGAAUCCAUCACAUCUCAUUGAUUCUGCAGUGGCUUUGUGGAUCGGCCGAGAGCAGCAAGAGGGCAAGUUUAACAGUGGGUGGAUGAUGUACGCCGUUGCUCAGCAGGCAGCGAAGGAUUUUGGUAUGAAUGAAGGAGAAUCAGCGGUGAACUCUGACUUGAUGGAAAUGCUGAACGAGGCUCAGGUUUUGGCAGAUUUCUGCCCUAGCCAACCAAACAACUUUCUAGUGUUGCGUGUUCUCACCUCUCGCAUCAUCGAGAAGUUCUCUAUUGCGCUGGUUCAACGACUGAUGUAUUUCAUGAGCGAGGACAACUUGGACUACACCGAGCUUUAUGGGUUGUCAGUGAUUCCACAGGCUGUGGCUUGUGACUCAAAGGUAUACCAAGAACUCAAGGGCGCCCUCAUUGAUUCCUUCUCUCGUGAUGUUACGAUCAAUGAUGCAUUCUACGAGCAAAUGGGAUCGCUUCUGCAAUGCAUGAGGAUCACUUGUGAAGACCUAGGGGAUACAAGCCGAGCAAGUCCCAAGCUGCAAGAGAUCGUUGCAAAUACCUGUAAGAAGCUGGACUCGUCAAAAGGUGUCACCAAGUUGGCAGGAUACGUCGCCACGUUCGAUGUCUCGGAAGAAUCCCGAAUCGAUCUCGACAUUCGCCAGAUUGGCGUCUUUAUGAAAACCCGUGCUUACCAAGCCGCUACAGAAUACUACCAGUAUGGCGCAAACAGUUUGAAGACGGAUCGGGCUUUCCUUUCACUUCAGUAUCUUGCCACUGCUCCUGAGAGAGAGAGCGUCGGGACUGAUUUUACUAUUUUCUCUUCCUACUUCGGCAACAAUGACAACUACGCGGACUCCAUCAUCACAGCGGCCUUGAGGCAGGAGAAUGACUAUGAGAACGCCUCGCGCCUGCAGCUGAACGAGAUUGUCGUGCGCUCCCUUCAAACAAUGGUUUCGUACAUGGCUGUUCUAUGGAUGCUCAGCUCUGCUGUGAAUGCCUGCCAAAGUGGCACGGCCAGUCAGGAAUACCUAGACACUGCUGUUGCAUACUUCGUCGGUUCUAUUGAAGGGCCUGAAGCAGGUGGAAUCUUCGGUGGUUACGGAGAGCUCCUCUUUGGUCUUGCAAAGGAGCAAUGUCCACAUUUCGAUGCUUGCUCGUCGACCGGUGACGCUGAGAUCAACAAGCGCAUCAUGUCCGUAUUGACGAAUAUGCAGUCGCGUUUGGCAGCAAAGGACUGUGCCGCCGCCUCCUCGAUUUACAACGACGUGUUGCUGACCACCCUCCCUGUGUCAAUGAUUGAAGGUACAUUAUACCACGCCGCCGCGAACGAAAAGCUCGAGGCACGAUCAACGAGCAAGGCUGUGGCGGAUGGGUCGAUCCUAGCCGGUUCCGUGUUGCCAAUAGUGGACUCUGUCAACCCGGAGAGUGCGACGGCUAUCUACAACAACAUGGCUUUCGAUUUAAACCGGCGUCCCGUCUCCGGCGGCAAGCACGUUGUCUUCAAUGCUUUCGCGAAAGCCAUCAAUGCCAUGGGAGUUGACUGUAAUGAAGUUGGAAUCUUGAGACCAGAGUCACGAGGCAUUUGUGAGGUGCAGGACGACUCGUCUCGACCAGCACCCGAAACUCCUACCAAUUUAGGAGACGAUCUUUAUGUGACCACUACGUAUGUGCAAGACAGGGCGAAUAUUGCAAUCGACAUCAAGGAAAUGGAAGAUGCUCUGAAGGACGGUCGACUCGAGUUUGCCAAGUUGAUUUAUGCAGAAGGAAAGAAUUCUGACAUCUACGACGAUAACGGAAUCACGGUUGGCCAUCGAAGUGUCAAGGCUUUCGCCACCACAGAAACUUCCGAAAUGGUUGAGGAGCCUUUGAUGAACCUCUUUGUGUACUCUUUACAGGACGACUCCGGCCGUUUCAUGGAGAAAGAUGCCCGGCAAUAUGCUGAUUCGAUCGUCAACGACGCCUUCAAUGUCAAGAGCCUAGAGGCGAAGACGUUGGCUUCAGAAGCUGCAGUGGCCCUUAAUGUAUGGAUGUACCUUGCCCACAUCUUGCACAAAACUCUUGAUGAUUGCAAGAACGGCUUGAUGACGGACAAGGAUGGCGCUCACGCCAUCGACGAGGCUGUGGCCUACUGGAUCGGAGAUGGACAAAUUGCCGGCGACGCCGAACGCGGCCACCUGCUCUAUGCACUUGCCGAGGAAAUGGGAGAGCAGUUCCAGAUGGAUCUUCCGGGACAAGUCAGAACCAACACAAACAUCCUCAGGCUCUUCCAUCAAGCGAAGAUCGAGCUUUCUUUCCCCGACGCGUGUGCGGCGGAUCCAAGCACAUACAAUCGCAUUUACCACAUUGUGAAUAAGAUCGUCGCUCAAAUGACAAUUCCUCUUCUCCAAUCGCUUAUCCACUACAUGCGACAGAAUGAUGCCGCUCGCGUAAAGGUCUACGCCCACGCUGUCGUGCCGCUUCUGGCACCGUGCAACCCCGCUACAUUCAACUAUCUCAGAGACAAGUUGAUGAAUGCACCUCUGAAUGUUGUCGAAGUUGAACCAAUCAUUGAUCAAAUCUUGUCUACAUUGCCUUGUCUGGGGCUUCAGUGCGAAGACAUUGGUGUGCACAAAUCUGAAAUUGAGCCAUCUUGUACGGACCCACCUGUUCUCACUCCAUUGGCGGGGUACAAACCAGCGAGUGAUGUCAGAGAGUUUGCUCAAUUUGAUCUGGAUAUCCGUGAAAUCGACAUCCUGAUGCAAAUGGGAGCAUACCGGGCUGCAGAGGACUUGUAUGCCAACGGGAAGCACAUCCGACAGGACACCACCAACUCGAAUGCCGGCCAAGCAACAAGUCUCAGUUUCUUGGCAACAACCUCGGCCCGAUCUGUCGUCCCCCAAUUCGAUUCGUUUGUCCGGUACUUUGAUGGAAACGAGAAGUAUGCUGACUACAUCGUUCGAGAUGCCAUGACGAACGAACAGUACGGCGUCGAAACAAGACGGCUGUUGGCAGUGAGAACAUGCCAAUACAUGAUCAUGUUUAUGGCUGCGUUGCAGGGAAUGCACGAGGCCAUUGGCGAGUGCGAAGCUAACGAAGCUGUCAGAGAUACCACUUCGGCUGAAUUCUGGGACAAGGCCGCCGCGUCCAUCAUUGGUCACUUGGAAGGAACUGAGAAUGGUGGCUCUCGUGAGGGAAUGUUGUUCUUUGCCCUCGCGAAGGACCAUUGCUCCGAAUUCGACACGUGUUCGUCUCCUUCACCAGCUGCUAGCCUGUCGGCAGAAGUCAACGACAAGAUUGUUUCUCUUCUCUACGCUGGUCGUGGUGCCGUGCUAAGUCGCAGCUGUUCCGAGCUCCGCAAAGCCACUGCCGAAUUGGAGCCUCUCCUUCUGGUUCCAGUCAUCCAAGCCACACUCAGCGCUUCGGAACGAAUGGUGAAUGAAGGUAUCCGGCAAAAGUCGUUGAGUUCCAAUCUGGUCGAAGGUCAUGCAUACGCCAACGUGGUGAUUCCGCUCGUGGAAGACGUCGACCGUGAUGCGGCUCAAACUAUCGAGGACAAUCUGUCCUUGACGGGCACUCCCUUCCGUGAUGGCCUUGGAGCAGUGGUGGAAUCGUUCUUUGUUGUGUACAGUGGACUCGGUUUGAAGUGUGACCAGAUUGGACAAUCGGAUGAAGUGGACGCCUGCAAUGGAACCAUGUCAAGCAACUUGGACAGUAAGACAAUAACCGGCAUUGCUGUGGGCGUUUCCCUGACGGUUCUUGCGGGUUGUGGCAUUGUUGCGUUACUCCUGGCCAAGCGAAAGAAAGACCAGGCCAAGGACACUGCACCAGUGUUUACGAGAUCUAAAGGGGAAAUGAGCCACACAGACGAUUUGCUGACAAAGGGGGAAGCGGAAACUUCAGAAUGCGAAGAACGUUUCGUAGAUGAAGAAGUAGAAGAAGGGGAGGAUCCAGAAGAGGCAGCCAUGAGAAGCAAACCUGAUGCCCCACUGGCCGAGGACCAAGAGGUUGUGUAGAUAUUAACACUAUUUAUGUGUUCGUUGUUUUAUUUAGAACAAAGACUGGCACAGU